CCCGAAGCGGGGCUCUGGCAUGCUAGUUAGCAUAGUCAACCUCUCACCUAACAACAUGGCGACCCGGCAGAAUGCCGUCGAGGAUGCGAAGGAAAUGCAAGCAUCCGUUGCGCAGGACUGCGUCGAGUCUGGAAAAGAGCCGCCUCCCUAUCUUCUUUUGGAACUUAUCGGCAAGGGAAGCUUCGGUCGCGUCUACAAGGCCCGUGGCACCAAACCCGGUCAACUCGUUGCUGUCAAGAUCAUCAACAUCGAGAACGGGGAUGCGCUAGACCCUAGCGCGGACACAUUUAGUGAUAUUCUCAAGGAAAUUGAAACUCUGAAGCUCCUUGAUAGUGGUGGAGCGAAGAACGUAAAUACCGUGGUGGAUGCCCUCCUCGUUGGCCAUACUAUGUGGAUGGUCACAGAGUAUUGCGCUGGCGGGAGUGUUUCAACCUUGAUGAAGCCAAGAGGACGUUUACCAGAACAGUGGAUUAUUCCUAUUCUACGGGAAGUUGCCGAAGCUAUUUUCUGGGUUCAUAAGCAGGGCAUCAUCCAUCGGGAUAUCAAGUGUGCAAAUGUUCUUGUCACCGAAGUGGGCAGCGUGCAGCUCUGCGACUUCGGGGUCGCCGGGAUCAUUCAGAACAGCUUCGACAAGAGGAGUACCAUCACAGGUUCCUUACAUUGGAUGGCACCCGAACUCUUCAAUCCCGCCGUGAGGUACGGUACUGAGGUUGAUAUUUGGGCCUUUGGGUCGAUGGCCUAUGAGGUCGCCUCUGGGCUGCCCCCCAAUGCCGCGUUCAGGGAUAUCCCUCGGUUUGGCGCCUAUCUAAAGAACCACUGCCCUCGCCUUGAAGGUGACCAGUACUCUCCCGGACUGAAGAACCUGAUCGCCUGCUGCAUAGUCGAGGAUCCUUCUCAGCGCCCUCCUAUUGAGCAGCUCCAGCAGCAUCCUUAUAUCUACGGCACUGAGAUGGACUACCCGACUGAGUCGUUGUCUAGGCUUGUGCACGCCUAUAAGCUCUGGGAAGCUCAAGGAGGGAGUCGUACAUCCCUCUUUUCCCUAGGCGGUGCGCAAAGGGAGCCCACCUCCGAUUUGCCUUCGCUUAUUUCUGAUGAGUGGAAUUUUAGCACUCUAGACGAUCUGGGUCAGCUUGCCAUUCCGGAUUCACUUCAGUCUGUGCUCGAGGCCUACGACACUAAUGUCGAUGUUCGGACCAAGCCUUCAAAUCCUUAUCCCCGUCGGCGAAAACCGCCACCGCCAAAUAUCAAAAUGCCAGUAGCCCCGUUACAAAGGCUUUUCGACCCAAAUACCACGUCCAAUUAUCAGGAUAACGCUCGUGAUUUCUACGCGAGGGGACCGAUGACGUCUGAGCUUCCACUUCGUGAUGGCACUCAAAAUGUUCGAGAAUCCCUCAUCGACUUAGACGCCGCUCUAGGUGACGUCGUACCUCAAUCUGCAGAUCUGUCAACCGUCAGACCCUUGACUAGGUCCCUCUCAAGCGACCUGACAGAUGCAGGUCGUCGCCGGACCUUGGAUUGGACCUUUCCAACGGAAGCGCCUGUCUCAGCGACCCCCGGAUUCCAGCAUAGCCCUGAUCCUGUCAACAGUGACGGGGAACCUACCCUAACUCAAGCUCAGAGAGGUCUGGUUGCCGAAUUCCCCCCCGACAAAAUGGCAUCGGACAACCGUGCGUCCGCUUUUAGCAUUAUCGAUCUUGAUGCUAGUCUACCUGAUGAUUUGCGAGAGACCUCCCGGCCAUCUACGGCGGACUCAGAUACUCCAUCUGACAUAUGGCGUACACCCUUUGAUCUCGAGAAGCAUACGCCUAAGCCGUAUCCAUCAGCCGUGAGAGAACCGUCUAUUUACAUUGGCGAUGGCGAUUUUAGCGUCAGCACAGCUGUCGAUGUGCCAGAGGAGCCAAGCCAGACCAUGAUCUACAGCACUCGCCAAACCAGCCAGCACCAUCUACCGGCUAUCGACAGCGAGCGUGAUGAACCAUCCGAAAUCUCAGGGGAGAGCAUCAAUGUCAGACAAGAUAGGCCUGCAGCGGUGCAGUUACCACCCCUACCGGAACCGCCAACAGCGGGAGUAAUGCAAGGGACCGAGGCUGGAGAAGAUGUCAAGGGUGAGCUGUUGCGGCUGAUCUCCAGUUUCAAGGAUCAUUUAGGGUCUACAAGGGACUUUCUGGAGACCCUGCCAGUUCGCAGCGGACAUGUUGUUCAGAGGCCCCCCAAUAGUCCAGAAUGACGGGGUAUUCGUAUUGAGCUCAAAUAUUGUUAUUAUUGGAUAGAUUAAAGACUGGAUAGCUGGGAGCGUGGUGUAUAAGAUGAAAUGAAUACCUAUAUGGAGAUAAAUGUCAACCUAUAAAUAAACCAAAAGCAAC